CGCGGCCGAGCGCGGCCCCGGCGGCCCCGGGGGGGGGUCCCGGUGGUCCCGGGGCGGGCCCCGAGCCCGGCGGGGGCCGCAAAGCGCGGGGCCGGCCCCGCCUGACCGACACCGACCGCGCGCGGCGGCGCCUGGAGUCGCGCAAGAAGUACGACGUGCGGCGGGUGUACCUGGGCGAGGCGCACGGGCCCUGGGUGGAGCUGCGGCGCCGCAGCGGAUGGAGCGACGCCAAGCUGGCGGCCUACCUGCUGGGGCUGGAGCGGGGCCAGCGCAACGGGCGGCGAGGCAAACCCUGGGAGCAGCUCCCGAAAAAACCCAAACGCAAAAAAAGGCGCCGGCGGAACGUGAACUGCCUGCGGCACGCCGUGCUGUGGUACGAGGACCACGGCCAGCGCUGCCCGUACGAGCCGCGCCUGGCGGAGCUGGAGCCGGCGCUGGGGCUGCUCACCACGGCCGUGUGGCAGUGCGAGCGCGGGCACCGCUACUUCCAGGACCUGCACCCGCCCCUGCGGCCCCACAGCGGCUCCGAGGGCGAGGACGCCCCCGGCUCUUCCUCCUCCUCCUCCUCCUCCUCCUCCUCGGGGGGGUGCAGCAGCUCCGGCUCUGAGGCGGCUCCAGCCGCGGGGGGGGGGGGGCGGUCCCGCGGUGCCGGCCCCGCCCCCCCCGCCCCCCGGGGGUCCGGACCCCCCCCCGCCCCCCCCCGAGGCUCUGGAGGCCGUGCUGUGCCUGCCCCUCCCCCCGCCCCUGCUGCUGCUGGGCUGCCCGGGCCCGGGGGGGCUCCAGCUCGGCCCGGGGGGCUCCAGCUCGGCCCGGGGGGGGCGCUCCAGGUGCUGCUCCAGGGAGGGGGGGGCGGCGCCUUCCCCGCCCCCGCACCUGAGGAGCCACAGCCCGGCAAGACAGAGGAGGAUGAGGAGGAGCCGCUGCUGAGGCUGAAGCAGGAGGAGCCGCCCCCCCCUCCCCCUCCGGAGCCCCCCCGGGACCCCUCCCCAGCCGAGGAGCCCGAGGGGUCGGCGAUCAUCUACGAGAUCCCCAAAGAGCCAGAGAGCCGGCCCUGCAGGCCCCGGCGGAGCCGAAGGGGCCGAGCCCCCUCCCCAGAGCCCCCCGAGGACCCCCCCGAGCCCCUGAGCUGCCCCCACCCCACCUGCGGGCAGGAGUUCAGGACCCUCAGCAGCGUUCAGUCCCACCUGCGCCAGGUUCAUCGCCGGCCCCGUGCCCAGGUGUGUCCCCAGCCCGGCUGUGGGCGGAGCUUCCCCCUGGCCAAGCACCUGCGGAGCCGCAGGCCCGGGCACUCAGGUGUGCGGGAGUUCACCUGCGCCACCUGUGCCAGGUCCUUCCAGCGCAGGAGCCACCUGGAGCUGCACAGGAGGACGCACACGGGGGAGGCGCCCCUGCAGUGCGAGGUGUGCGGGUUCCGCUGCCGCCAGCGCGCCUCCCUCACCUGGCACAUGCGGAGACACGGGGGGCUGCAGGGGCACCCCGAGCCCCGCGGCACGUAGGGACCCCCCCGGGCCGCCUGGGACCCCCCCGGGCCACCUGGAGCCACCUGGAGUCACCUGGGACCCCCCCUGAGUCACCCGGAGUCACCUGGAGUCACCUGGGACCCCCCCUGAGUCACCUGGAGUCACCUGGGACCCCCCCGGGCCACCUGGAGUCACCUGGAGUCACCUGGGACCCCCCCUGAGUCACCUGGAUUCACCUGGGACCCCCCCCCGGAAUCAUCUGGGCCCACCCUGGGCCCCCCCAGACUCACCUGGAGCCCCCCAGAUCCACCUGGGCCCCCCCCAGACUCACCUGGAGCCCCCCAGAUCCACCUGGGACCCCCCUGAACUCACCUGGGUCCCCCUGGACUCACCUGUCCCCCCCCCAGGUGACCCCCCCAGGUGCCCCUGUCGCCCCCCCCCCCACCAUUUAUUUAUUUAUCUAUUUAUUUAUUUAUUUAUUUAUUUACUUAUUCCCUUUAUUGUCACUUCUGCCCCCCCACUCCGGCGACACCUGGGGGUUUUUCGGGGGGGGGGGAGGGGUCGGGGGUCCCGGGGGUCUGCGCCGCCCCCCCCCCCCCCAGGACCCCCCCUCCCCUCGCUCCAUUAAAAUCGGGAAUUUUU